CAGCAGCACAGCCAACAGCAGUCAUGUCCAAGGCCCAGUUCCUGCGCGAGUACAAGCUCGUCGUCGUCGGCGGAGGCGGUGUGGGCAAGAGUGCCCUCACGAUCCAGUUCAUCCAGAGCCACUUUGUCGACGAAUACGACCCCACCAUUGUGGACUCGUACCGCAAGCAGUGCAUGAUCGACGAGGAGGUGGCGCUGUUGGACGUGCUCGAUACGGCGGGUCAGGAGGAGUACUCGGCCAUGCGCGAGCAGUACAUGCGGACGGGCGAGGGCUUCCUCCUCGUCUACUCGAUCACGUCGCGCAACUCGUUCGACGAGAUCGGCACCUUCCACCAGCAGAUCCUGCGCGUCAAGGACAAGGACUACUUCCCGGUGAUCGUCGUCGCCAACAAGGCCGACCUCGAGUACGAGCGGCAGGUCGGGACGCACGAGGGGCGCGACCUCGCCAAGCACUUUGGGUGCCGGUUCAUCGAGACGUCGGCCAAGCAGCGGUUGAACGUCGACGAGGCCUUCUUCAACCUCGUGCGCGAGAUCCGGCAGUACAACAAGGAGCAGGCAGCGGGUCGCCCUGGAGCAGCAGCAGCACAACCCGCACAGUUCAAGCAGGAGGAGGAGAGCAGCGCAGGGUGCUGCGGCUGCGUCAUCCUCUGAGCGCGCCGCGUCCUCGACUCGGCGGUUCUCCUCGACUUCCCUCUCCUCCCCUUCCCAACAGCAACCCGUCCCUUCCCCAUCGGCACAUACCCUUAUUCGCUCUCUCCCUGUCUACCCUGCUGUCCUUCUCGGCGAGCCUCGGCUGCGCCCGCUUCCCCUGGUUGAUCCCGCCCUCUCUUGUCUCCGCGUUGGAUACCCCUUUCCUCUCUCGCGCUCGCCCCCGUCCCCUAGCGUAGCACCUCGCCUGUAAUCCUCCUCUCGCUCUC